AUGGCUUAUUUUAUGUUUUUCUUAGGAAUUUGUUUUGUAGUGGGUGUUCUGGGUGUAGCGUCGAACCCUUCGCCAUAUUACGGGGUUGUUGGCUUGGUGCUGGCGUCUGUGGCGGGGUGUGGAUGGUUGUUGGGUCUUGGGGUUUCAUUUGUGGCCUUGGUGCUGUUCAUGGUGUAUUUGGGGGGGAUGCUAGUGGUGUUUGUUUAUUCGGUGGCUCUAGCGGCGGAGCCUUUCCCUGAGGCUUGGGGGGAUUGACGGGUGGUUGGGUAUGCGGCGGUGUUUGUGACGGUUGUUUUUGCGGGAUUAGUGUUUGGGGGGUUUAUGGGGUCUUGGAAGCUUGGGGUGGCUACUGUGAAUAAUGUUGGGAUGUCUGUUGUUCGGUUGGAUUUUAGUGGGGUUUCCAUGUUUUAUUCGUACGGGGUGGGUAUGUUUUUGGUGGCGGGGUGGGGGCUGCUGUUGACUUUAUUUGUUGUGCUGGAGCUUGUGCGGGGGUUAUCGCGGGGCGCUAUUCGGGCGGUUUAG